AGCACUAUUUGGUCAUAUUGAGUUUAUAUUUUUGGUUAGUUACUACAUGCUUCAUCCCAAGUGACUUCUUUUUGAGACUCAAAUGGCUUUAAGGUGUUUCGAAAAUCAGUAGAAAUGGCCCACAUAAAUUCUUGAGUAAUGUUAUAAAAUAACAUAAAGAACUGCAAACUAAUAAGUAAAUUAUAUCUUUAUAUUGUACCACAAACGAAAAAAAACUACCCUUUUACGAAAAUUAACAAUGUUUUAACAUCGUUACUAUAAACUAAACACGUUUUUAUAAUGUCUACUACACUUUUGGGCCACGGAGAGAAAUUAUUUAUUUCUGUAAUUUUGCAAGCACAGUUUAGUAGUUUGACCCACAUUCCAUAGUCUUUUACGUUUUUAACGCUUCAUAAUAAUAUUUAAAAAUGCAUAUAAUCGCAGACCGUAAACGUUUACGUGACUCUCCUUAUAGCACUUCCGCUUCGGAAGCGUUGCCACGGUAACGCCAGCGCGUCCGCAAAACUACAGACCGUAGUGAAAAUGCCUGCUUACUCCAUCUCUUCAACGGCGACAGAAAGAAGCAAAAUAACUUAAAAGAGUUCAAUGUCUUCUUCAGGAAGGAUGCAUGUGAGCAGGCCCAAGUCAUCUAAGGGACGCAGCCGACCCAUGAUGACUCCCACUUCCUGCGUGGAUCCACCUUCUCAGUCCUCGUCUCUUUCACCCCAACCUCCGGCCACCAAGACAAACGACAGGUUAAACCAGUGCCUUCGAUCCCGAGCCAUACUGAGACGCUGCAGUCAACCCAGUACAGAUAUGCUGACUGAAAUCUUCGACGGGCCUCCCGAUGGGUCCGUCUCACUCAACAAAUACAGCGUUCUCCCGUCCAUAGAGAAGAAAACAGGCACCGACCGGACACACGGUCAAGGCGACAGCAGCCGUAGGAUAUGUCAACACGCUCCCCGUGUCCACACAAAGGUCAGACCAGUUGCGACGUCAGGAAGUCAGGCGGGUCUAGCUCCUCCAGAAGAACCAGGCCUGCUGCUCGCUAUCAGAACUCCAUGCGGUCAGAGAUUCAAGAGUCAUUUCCGGCCGGCAGACCCGCUCCAGACGGUGCUGUCGGCCGCAGAGGCUGAAUUCGGGGAGAGGUUUGACAAUUGUCUGAUUGAGACCAUGGAUGUGCCACGAAGGACUUUCGCAAACCUCACGAUGACCUUGGCUCAGUGUGGAAUCCAGAACAAAUCGGUUUUAUGCAUUUCCCAAGAUGACAGCAACACGGAUUUAACUUGAACCGCUAAUACAGCUUUACGGACACUCAAUAUCACACAAAGGCAAAGAUUAUUUAGAUGUCGUGUGCAAUUAUGUAAAUACAUUUUUUCAAAUAAUGUAGAUUAUUUUGACUGUACAAUGUUUACUUAUCCCAUAUAUAAUCAACUGCAUAUAUUUUGCUUAGAAAGAGUCUUUUUAAAUUGAAGCCUUCCAACAGAUCCCAAUGGGUGCCGUCAGAAUGAGCUGAUAAAAACAUUACAAUAAUUCAGUAACUGACACAUUGCUUCUGGACAAAAUAUCAAGAACCAGCAGGAAUAGGAAUAAUUAGACAAAAUUCAUUAUAUAUUAAAGAUUAAAAGAUUUGCUUAAAGAAAGUGACCAUUAAGUGUGUUUAGAACCAUUAAGACUUUUUUUUUAAUUCUUUGACGCAUUUAGAUUUCCACAAAU